AUGAAGCAAGGCUUCAGAGCUGGCCAUGCAGCGGAAUACAAAUACUUGGCCGGGUCCAACAGUCAAAACCGAGAGCAUGCUUGCUGGUUUGUGGAGGAGCGAGCAGAAACCGCGGAUGGCAUUCGCAACUGGAUUGGAGAUCUACAUAGCAUAAAGAAUGUUGCAUCAUACACAGCCCGCCUGGGGCUGGGCUUUUCUUCUUCCGAGAACACUGUGUCAGUAGCUGAUAAUCUGUUUGACGAAAGAGGUGAGGAGGAUGUGACAGCGAAUGGGUACAACUUCACUGAUGGGGUUGGAAGGCUAACCGUCGAGCUUGCAGAGAAGAUUUCAGCUGCUCUCGUGAUAGGACACACCCCUUCUGCCUACCAAAUCCGUUUUGGAGGCGCAAAGGGAGUCGUAGUCAUAGAUAAGCAGCUGCACUCAGAUCACCCGGGGAAGGCACUGGUGCUGAGGAAAAGUAUGAUUAAGUACCCUUCUCGACACAAAGACAUUGAAGUCUUGGCCACUUCCAGGCCAAUCAGAUUAUCGCUCAACCAGCAGAUCAUCAUGCUGCUGAGCAACCUUGGCAUCAAUGACAACGUGUUUCUCAACAUACUGAAGGCACAUCUCAGGCACAUGUCGGAGAUGUUUAUCGACGAGCAGCUGGCGGGCCAGAGGAUGAUGAACAUAGCGUCUGUGGACAGCAGAAGCUUGCAGCAGGCUGGCGUCCACAUCACAUCCGAACCGUACUUGAGGUCCCUGAUGAUGGCCGCCUACAGGUGCCAAAUGAAGGACCUUCUGGAGAGAUCCAAAGUUCCCAUUGACGACUGCAAAGGCAGAGUAUUGAUUGGCGUUGCCGAUGACACCAAAACACUGCAAUAUGGAGAGGUGUUCGUUCAGUAUUCUGAAGAUUUCACCUUGGAGGCAGCCCUGGAUUCUGACAACAAGUCCAGGAUAUUGGAAUGCACUGUGGUGGUGGCCAAGAAUCCUUGCCUGCACCCAGGGGAUGUGAGGACGUUCAGAGCAGUGGAUGUCCCUGGACUGCACCACAUCUACGAUUGCAUCGUGUUUCCCUGCACUGGCAGGCGGCCGCAUCCAGAUGAGCUCUCUGGCUCCGACCUCGAUGGAGAUUUGUACCACGUCAUCUGGGAGGAUGAUCUGAUUCCUGAGGGUCCCAACAAGCAGCCCAUGGACUACACUGCGUCCGACAAGGUCGAACUGGAGAGGCCCGUCGGGAUUGACGACGUGAUCGAGCACGUGUGCCAGUAUAUCCAGCACGACAAUCUUGGGCUCAUUGACACGAUGCACUUAGCCUUGGCAGACAUGGAGGGGGUGGAGUCGGAGGACUGCCUCACCUUGGCAGAGCAGCACUCCAAGGCUGUGGACGCGCCCAAGUCGGGCGACUGGCAGAGUGUGGACAGGGACAUCCAGGCGAAGGUUAAAAAGUACCCGGAUUUCAUGAUGAAGACGCGCAAGCCCAGCUACCCUUCCGAGAGGGUGCUGGGGAAGAUGUUCAGGGAGUGCAGCAAAUACAUGAACGUGACAAAACCGGGGACCGGGUGGAAAGGCGACUCAGGCAUAGUCCUGAAUACCGGAUUCAUCAUGGAAGGCUACGAGUCCUACGUGGCGGAGGCCAAAGUUGUGCGAGCUGAGUAUAACAAUUCUCUGAGUCGUGCCAUGAAGAUGUACGGGAUACGGACGGAGGGCGAGCUGAUGAGCGGGCACAUCGAGCAACUCCAUGAGACAGUGCAUGAUAGGGAGGUGGAAAAUGUGAGGCAGACGAUAAGGCUCAUCUGCAGGAGACUCGUUGACACAUUCAGAGGCAAAUUUGAAGAGAACGUUCACGGUGACGAGAAAAAGCGACUGCAAAAGGCGAGUGCGUGGUAUUUCGUUACUUAUGGGGAUGAUCCAAGUCUUUGUGUCGAGACUUACGAUCCCCAGGAGAGCCACUGGCGGAAGGGAUAUCGCGGCACAGAAGGUCACAAGCUGGGUGCAAUGAGAUUCCUCAGUUUUCCGUGGAUCGUGUGUGACUUGUUGGCAAAGAUUUACGCCAGGAACAGGACGGACAACCCCGAGGACUCCAUGCCAUCCGUGUCGACCAUAAUUGGCAAGAGUGUGGUCCGCGAAUUUGAGAAGCACCGGCCAUGGCUGCUUCCGAACUGGAGAGAUCGCUGUGCCAUGUGCAGGGCUGUUGGGCGACGUCUCAAGCCUAUAGGGCACACUUGCAUGGCUGGGCUGUCUGCCGCCAUGCUGUUUGAGCGAAAGGGAAAUUUAGAACUGGUGCUCGUGCCCAACAGUGAGGCUGAUCGUGUGUCGGUGGCAAGGGACCUGCAAUUGGGGAAGAGGCUCCUGGACGGUGCAGAGGAGGCUCUUUACGGCGUUCUGGCGAGAAUUAAAAGGCUAUCAGGGGAUCCCAAACGCGCAAUGCUGCUGUGCAAACUCAACAAAGGAAUGAUGCCCUGCGCCGCUGCAGCACAGACAUGGUUCCAAGUCACUACACGGAUUUUGGACCUCCAGAAAUGGAGCGUCUUGGUAAUGUACAUCAAGCGGUACCCUUACCUGCUGCCAAUCCUUCAUUUGCUGGCACGGUGGAUGAGAAGCAUUGAGCUCACGGACCCUGGACACGUCGUCGUGGAUGCGUACAUCGUUCCUUUCAUGUUCAUCAACAUGUGCCUGAACAGGUGCGAGAUCCGAGCCUUGGAUGUUUGCCCAGCUGUACAGUGGAGUGAAAAGGCUGCCAGUGGAGGCAGUACUGAUGUAUGUAUGGAUCCGACCUCGGAGGGUUGGGAGCACGCACUCAGGGAAACACAAGAUGUUGGUGCCAAACGCAAGGAGCAGCUUGGAAAGCUGUUGCUGGAGUUCUUCCGCCAUGGCCGCCAACAAAUCGACAGCCGCGUGGGAACGCACUUUCCGCGGGUAUUGUCUCACGAGGGGAGCUCUUCUUUUGGCAGUUUGCUCGGGGGAAGGGCAGCUCAGCUGCUCCUGGAGGAAAUGGACAGGGCGUCCCACCGCUUGUCGCUUCAUGCGGAUGCAUCAGCGCUCUUGACAACGGAAAGGGUAGAAAAGCUGUUCUUUGUUGAUACGAAAUCUGCACACACUGUUCUUGGGUACGAAUCGAACUUCGGGAGGUUUUUGAGGAAGCGCAGCGGGGCUGCGGAUGUGGAGGUUUUCCCCAGCCUGGGCACGAGGGCCCCCGGUCUGGUCAUCAAGGCGCUGGGCACAUCUGCAGCCCUGUGGGGGAUAGAGAGAAUGGUCAGGAAUCUGACUGGACAGUACGAAACAGAGGAAAAGAACUUGACAGUUUAUGCGCGCACCACGAGUGCCGCUGAGGGCGCCUACUGCUACCUGGUGGAGGGCUCCGAGAGCCGAGACGACCGGGUUGUUUUGGAGGAAUACUACAGGUCCUCGCACAACGAGGGACCCCACCACGAGAACGCGUCCAAGUUCGUGGUGCGAGUCUGCAGGUGCGAACUGCAGGUUAACCUUCGGGUGACCUGUUGGGCCCGUAGGGCGUAG